AAUUUCUUCUCCUCCUGUUUACUCUGACAAUCUGAUUCUCUGUCUCUCUCGCUACUGACUCAAACUGUUCAUUUGACGAAGAAGUUAAGGUAUUUUAUACUGCUCCCUCGUUCAAUCUCUUAUUUCCUCUAUUUAACAUUAAGAAUGUAGUUCAAUUGAAAACUUGUUCUUGUCAAUUUAAGGGUUAGGGUUGAGAAGAAAAAGUAAAAAUACUACUUGAAAUGGCGUUAGGCAAGUUAUAAUCUCUGCUAAGCUUUCAUUUUAUUUACAUUGAGCAGUAAUAAGGAAGAAGAGAUUAUGGAUUUGAAUAAGGGGGAGGAGGGAGUUGAUUGGAUCAGCAACUUACCCGACUCACUUAUUCAUCAUAUCCUCUCCUUUCUGAACAUCAAGCAUGUUGCUCAAACUAGCGUGUUGUCUAAAAGAUGGAGUUACAUUUGGAUCACUGUCCCCAUCCUUGAUUUUCAAGACUGGGUAUGUAUCAGACCUACUUCUUCGGAGACCAAUAAGUUCAUGGAUUUUGUAGAUGGAACAUUGCAUCGUCGGCAUAGCGGGGCAAAUAUACAAAGGUUUGCUAUCACUUGGUAUAACAAUUUGAAUGAAUAUCGAGUCAAUUCAUGGAUUUUUAAUGCUGUAAGGAGUAAUGUUCAACAAGUCACUCUACGUUUAAUCCAGAACGAACCCAUGAUUAUUACCCGCUCUCUUUUUACUUGUGAAUCGCUGAUUUCCUUGAAGCUAAAUGUAGUCCCUAGUGUCUGCUUUCCAAAUUAUAUCUCUUUUCCAAAACUCAAGUGCCUUGAACUCGACAGAGUCGCCUUUAGUAAUGAAUACUGGAAUGAGAAGCUCUUUUCCAAUUGCCCGGUCCUUGAAGAUUUCAGUAUGGAACAUUGCACUUGGUUCGGUAUUCCAAGUUUCUGCAUUUCAACCCCUGCACUGAAACACUUUAAGAUUGAUAAUUGGGAGGACGAAUGGUUGCCACGUGGAGAGGAUGAUGGGUUACGAGGUUGUACUCUCAAAGUUGAUGCCCCAAAUCUGGAGACUUUUUAUUACAAUGGUAGCAUUGCCAAGGAGUAUGUUCUGACUACCUUUCCGUUAUUACUUAGAGCAGUCGUCCAGUUUCGCUUUAAACCAUAUGUUGCAACAAGGGAGCAAAGGAUUGAUCAUGGUGCUGCUAUAAGUCAGUUUCUUCGAGCCCUUGUGAAUGUAAAACGUCUAAGUGUUUCCGGUGAUACCUUACAGGCUCUCUCCUUUGCAGAAGAUCUGUUAGAAAAGCUGCCUACGUUUCACAAUACCAAGGAUUUGAUCGUAUAUGAGGAAGUAACCGCUGAUAAAGCACUAGUUGCUUUGCUCAAAGCAACACCUAAUCUGGAGUCACUUAUAUUUUACGGGCCGCUGCCUAGUGAUGACGAAGAAGAAGAUUAUGUUGCAGGCAGUGACGCUGAUGCUGCUGAGGGCGAAGACAACCAUGAUAGCGAAGAUGACGUUGCAGGCAGUGAUUCUGAUGCUUCCGAAGGUGAAGACAACCAUGGCAGCGAAAAUGAUGAUUGGACACUCGACGUAGUGACAGCUGAUCCCGAAUGCUUAUUUCUACACCUUAAAUCGGUUUACUUUUUGGAGUUCAGUGGGAUCCCAAUGGAGAUUAGAUGGUUGAAACUAAUUUUGAAGAAUGCAAAAGCUUUGCAAGCCAUGUCAAUUUCCACUUGCGAUAAGUUCCUUUUUAACACGAGGAGAGAAGUUGAACUUAUGGUAGAGAUACUAAGUCUUCCGAGAGCCUCAACAAGUUGCGUGUUUAAACUGCCCUCUUGGCUGGUAAGCAAACUUGACCAAGCAUUGUUAGCCGACGACAAGGACAACGACUAGAUGGACACUAACGGUUUCAGCAAAGUAUUUAGUCUGCAUUACACAAAUGGACUCAAAGCUGCUUUUUAUCUGCAUUAUACUGUAAUAUUUAUUAGGCUAAUCUUUCUGGCUCCUUAGUUUUUGAUCUGAUUCUCAUUUUAGAUGGGUUUAAUGUUUGCAUAUCAAUUAAUGGCGAGACAAUUUAACAUUAUUGCAGCAACUAUUGUGAAUGUAUACAUUAAUAUCCAGAUUCACCAAUGGACUACCGGGCGCCCUCGCGCAUGACGGCUAAUUCAGUUC